AUGCAACCAAAUGGAAUGGAUGUGGGGAACGAUGAACAAAGGUCUGAGGUAUCUGCCAUCGUGCUGUGUUGUGAGAAGCAAGUAAUAUUGGACAAUGCUACCGAAAUGGAAUGGAUGUGGAGAACGAUGAACAAAGAUACGAACGUUGAAAAUGAUGCCAAAUGUGAUGUGGUGACAAAGAUCGAGGUUGACAGAAAUGGAGAAAAAAGGUUGAAUAGAGUGAAUGUGGAUAAAGAUAAUUUUGUUAAGGCGGGUUCAGUAUUGUUUGGGAAUUUGUUUCGCACAGACUGGAAACUUCAGGGACGAUGUCACGAUGAUGAACAAUACGCAGGAAACUUGUAUGUAAUUAAGAUCUUAACUGACGGUGGAUCUUACAAUUUAGAAGGCCACGACAAUUUAGAAGGCAACGACGAUCGAAGGGCUGGGGUAAUCAAUAAAGGAUCCCCGAAUAGGAUAAUCCUGGUGAAAUUCCGGGGUAUUAAUGGAAUUGCCCUAGAAAAUCUCAAUCAAAUAACGGAAGAAGAUACAUCUCCAUUUGAAAAUCAAUUCACAUUGAAUUUUGUGAGACACAUUGCGAAAGAUAAAAAUUCGCAAAAAGGAGAUUCUGAACGCCGGUCAACCGGAAAGAAAAUCGAUACAAUUAUUGAAUUACGAGAAGAAAAUGAAGAAUUUUUUGUCAUAGAAAUUAGCGGGCCGCCAAUGAAGAAUGACUGGUCGCAUUAUAAGGUGAUCGGUAAAAU